CAACUUCAUAUAUAGACAUGGCCAAGCAAAAUAUUGUCGUGAAGGUGUCCAUGAACAACGACAAGAAAACUCGUAAGGCUCUCAAGAUCGCCGUUGGUGUCUCCGGCGUGGAAUCGGUGGCUUUGUUUGGUUCAGAUAAAGAUCAAAUCAAGGUCACGGGUGAAGGAAUUGAUUCGGUCGAACUGGCGAUGCUGCUAAGGAAAGGUGUAGGAUGCACAGACCUGGUGAGUGUUGGUCAGGUGGAGGAGAAGAAACCCGCUACCACCACCAGUACCACUGCUGCCGCCAGUCAAACUCCAGCUACGGUGGUGCCGCUGCAAGUUUAUCCUCACUAUUAUAGCUGCUAUGGAGGGCCGUACCACCAUUUCUAA